AUGGAUGAGGCAGUGUACCAAAAAUCCACCAACUUUAAUCUCCUUUCAACCAGAAAGAAUGGAACAGAUAUUCUCUGUUGCAAAACUACUGCUUCAGAUAAAAAGCUUAGGAUUUUCGGCUUUGAGGUAAAUCCUUGUCUGAAGGAUAGCAUUUGUUCAAGAUCUGAAAGACACGAGAGUGUAAGCUCCUCAGAAACAUUUAUGGAUGAAACACCAGAGGAAAAACCUUCCAUCUGUCUGAAUUCCUCUGGUAUAGUUCUCCCCAACCCAAAUGAGAACCUCAGAAAAUUGAAUGUCUCAGCUGUGAUGGAGCUUAAAUAUGAGUGCCACUUCUGUUUGAAAAGGUUUUUAAACUCACGGGCACUGGGAGGUCAUCAAAAUGCCCAUCGAAAAGAGAGGUUGAAGAAGAAAAGAAUGGAUCUUGAAGCAAAAAUGGCUAGUAGCUCUAUGUUCUACCUUAAUCCUAUUAUCAUAAACAAUGGAAUUAUGUACCCUUACUCUUCCUAUGUUCCCACCAUUGUCUGCGGAAGUUCACAUAUCAGAUUCAGCUCUGUGUAUAACUGUCAGAACGACACUAAUCCCCCAUAUUUUACUGUUGAUGGUUCUCCUGGUGAACUAUAUUUGCAGAAUAACGUUUUACCGUGA